CUUAUUUUUCAGCAGCUCUGUUUUGCCAACCAUCUCUAUAAUCGAUUGUAUCUAAAAAAGGUUCAUCUGCACCCAUAGUAAGGGUGAUUUAGAGGCAGCAAUCUAAUAAACAGCAUGUCUCUGGACUAGAGGAGAAACCCCACAAGGACGCAGUGAGAACAUGCAAAGUCCUCACGCACAGGGAUAGGAAGUGAACCCGCAACACUCACAUUUCUGUCUGGACCAAUAAGAUACUUUUGUGGUUUUCAUGCUCUUAAAAGAACGGAAACGCAUGAGAAACAGCAGCUGAAAAUGACACGCUGGUGACGCCCUUCAACCCUUCGGAGGUUAUAACCCCCUGAAGCCCCCGAAGGCUCAGUUCAUUCAAAGCGCUCAUGCAGAAAUAUUACAGAAGCUCAGAGCAAGAUACUCUCACACCUUCCUGUAUUGUGCCAUGAUACAAAAAAACGAGUGAAAAAUAAAUCCAUGAACUUGUGUUUUAUUUCUUAUUCCUUCCUCUGAGAGAUGUGUUUGUCCAAUGGUAGUCUACCCUGUGGGCACUGCAUUCAUAUACAGGAAGUUGUAUCUUUUAAAACUAGAGCUCCUCAGUCUACCUACUGCAGGGUGUGAUAUUACAAUGGAAUUUACACAGACCUGCUUCAUCCACAUCUUCCUCGCGUUCCUCAUCAUAUUAACAGAUGCUGAGGGCAUCAUCACCAUCAAAGCAAACAAAGGGCAGAAGAUCCUUCUCCCCUGCAACGUAUCUGAGGACAGUCUUAAUAAAACAUAUACUGUCUUAUUCAGGAAGAAUGGAACCUCUCCAGCCCUCUGUUAUUACCGUGUGUCACGCAGUAACAUAACAGACAGGAAGUGUGGAUCCCGUUAUGUGACUGAAGGACAACCUCCGCGACUUUACUUAACAAAUGUCAGCUUCAGUGACUCUGGGGUCUACAAUUGCUCUGUGGAAAGACAAAUUCCCCCACCAAGCGAGGAGAAAUUCUAUUUGGUGGAUCUUCUAGUUGAAGGUGCAGCUCGUCCCACGGUGUCUGUGUCCCGGGUGGAGGGGCCCAGUGGGAACCCGGCGCUGCUCUGCUCCGUUCGGGACUUUUACCCAGAGAGCAUAGAGCAGGACUGGCUCCGGGACGGACUCCCACUGAACGUGACCCCUGACAGACGCAGCACAGUCAACCCAGACGGCUCCUACUCCCUCGACUCCUACUUGUCUCUGACACCAGCACAUGCUGAGGAUGUGCUCUGUUCCUGCUGGGUCAAUCACUCCUCUCUGGACCUGCCUCUCAACUACACUUUUCAGUGUAAAGAACACAAAACAGUUGGAGCGGCAGUUCCAAUCUUUGGAAUAUUUUGCGUGACGAUCAUUUUCCUUUUUUUUGCACUGUUUAAGAAAUUCCAAAACGUCCACUGCCUCUCGUUUGGAUCCAUCCGCACCCCUACCACUGAAACCCAGGAACCACAGAUACAUACAACCUAUUCCCAAGUUUGAGACCAUUAAACAACACAACACAUAUUAUUUGACUUUCUCCAUGUCUUAUUCUGCCUUGGACUCAAGACAUGAUGACAAAAAAGUUGAGGCCCUACAGGAAAUUUGAAGUACGUAAGCGAUCACAAAAAAACAUUUAAAAGCAUUAAAGGUGGAUAUAAAACAAAAAUCCCUUUUUCACAGAAAUGUAUUUUCAAUGGACAAUUAUAUACUUUUGUUGAACUUAUUGCUGAUGAUGCUUGUAAAUCCAUAUUAUGGCUUCCAAUGUGGAUUAUGC